AUGGCGGCGGCGGCGGGGUGGCGGCGGCGCGCGCUGCGGCUGCUCACGGCCGGCGGCGCCGUCCUGCUCACGCGCUUCCCCUUCUGGCACUGCCUGAGCGCCCUGCUGCUGUGCGCCGAGCGCGCCGACGGGCGCCGGUGCGCGGGGACCGAUGAUUUGGACGAUGCAAUUCCAGAACAUAAUGAAUUCCUAUUUCCAGAGUAUGAAAUUUUGAUAGAACCUGAGGAACCAGAAUCUCCUUCCGACAGCAGCAUCGAUCCUGAGGAUGAAGCAGCAGCAGCAGAUGCCUCAGAGAGCCCAGGCAAACAGGAGGAACUCCGAGAUAUGGACAGUGCAAGUGGAGCACUGGCCUCCUUAGAUGAAGAGACAUUGGAAGCAAUGGCAAAACAUGAGACUGAAGAYGACAAGAUCUUCCGGAAGUUUAAGGAGCGAAUAGCUGUGGAACCAGAGCAGAUUAUUAGAUACUGCAGGGGAGGAGAAGGCCCCCUCUGGGUGUCAAGUGAAAAUAUUCCUGAAGAAAAAGAUAUCCCAAAUUGCUCAUGCGGUGCCAAAAGGAUAUUUGAAUUCCAGAUUAUGCCCCAGCUGCUGAACCACCUGCAGGUGGACAGGCUGGGCGAGAGCAUGGACUGGGGAACGCUGGYCGUGUACACGUGCGCCGAGAGCUGCAGCCAGGCCGGGGGCUACGCCGAGGAGUUCAUAUGGAAACAGGACUUCUCUGCGGCCUCCAUCCAACUUCCACCCUGCUCCUGAGCUAAAGCACCCGCACCCAGUCCUCGUUUCGGUGUGUCCGUGCGCUUGCAAACAGGUAGCUGCACUGGUGACACUGGUAUCUUGUAAGAGUGAUUUAAAAAGAAAGAAAAAUAGUGGACCUUGGCAGCUGCUCUCCUGCGCCCCAGCGGAACAUUUUACUUUAGGCUGCUACUGAAAGCAGAUGCUUUUACUGUGGUAAAGUUCACCUCCAGUCUUGCAUCACCUCAUACAGCAGGUCUGAAYGUUUAAAUAAAGAUGAAACGUUCUUGGAUGGCUGCAAGUGUCCUUUGUCAGUGACUGGGCUUUUGGAACUCAAACUGGUGUCUGGCUUUGUGCUGCUCAAACAUUCAUUUCCAGGSAAAGCAGAUUACUGUAAGGUCAAAGUGCUCAUGUUCAGGAGGUGUAAGGCAGUCCUAGCUAACAAACCCAGCGUGCCCCGUCUUUCAGUAUGUAACUUAAAUCUGAACCCUGUGCCUCAGUGCUAUUUAAAAGCAUCCAGAUUGUUAUUGGUCCCCCCCAAGUCAGACGGAACAUGUACAGGAAUAAAGUCUUAGCAGUCUUCUUCUGGAAGAAGACCAGGACUGUUAAAGCAGAACAUGCUCGUUAAACCAGGACUGUUAAAGCAAAACAUGGUUGUUGUUGCUUACUAKGAGUAGCAGCAUGUUUUCAAGCUGAAUCAUCUGCCCCCAGUGGUGGAGUUUAAAACCAGCUCUCCUCUGCAGGGGCUGCUCUGGUGUUGGUCUGCCCUAGGSCUGAGGCAUGAGAAAAAUAAAACCACACCAUUGAAGUUACUGGGCCGCCUGCUCAACCGUUCCUCUGGCUAUAGCUAUACUUACGUGAAAAGAUGAAGCUCUUUUUCUGGUSUCAGUGUAAUAUUUAUUUACUUCAGUUCUUUAUUCUCUUACGCUGCUCAUUCCUGCUCACCAGUGAUUCCAGCGCUGAUUUUACAUAAGCCUUAGGCCCACUCUUGYUUUAUGACUGUUUCCAUUAUGUGAGCAGGCAGGGAGCAGGCAGAGGCUGCCUGCCGCACAAGCUCUCAUCAUCCUAAAACUUAAUUUCCAAAAUGGUGUCUUUAACACACAGUGCAGUUAGCAGACAUAUGUAGCUCUACUACAGCUCAGCUGACUUUAAUGAAAACCAGCCUCCAGCAACUUAAGGCUCAGAAAUUUCCUGGCAAAGUUUSCAAAAGUUGGCAAAUCGUUGGUUGCCACUGCAUUGGCUGCCAUCUGGAGUCCUACAACAGCAGGGCCAGACACUAGUGCCAAGUUCACUGCCUCAAACAGCACAAACUACUGCAGCACCUAAGUACUGCAUCGUCUUUGAUAUCUUGAACUUGUCCUGCCAAAGGUAAAUUAUUAAACACCACCUUUCUGGUAAGAUCAAUGGAACCAAUUAAAAAGACCAAUUAAAUAGUCCAGAGUCRCUACUGUGCAUGUCACUGCAGGGGAGUAAAGGCAACUGGAGGAGCUAAGUUCAGGCAGGGUUUGCAAAUAGAGAGGGUGCAAAGGCAGCCAUAGCUUCAUCUGGUCUGGGAUAAAGCACAAAUUUUGUAAGCUGAAGAGACCAUGGUUACAUAGAGUUAGUUCUAGAUGAAAGGUGAAAGAAUGUGGAAGUCACAGAAAGGUUGCUAUUGCUGGAAAUGCACUACGGGGAAAAAGAAAAAGCAAUUUAUUUUUAGUUCCCAAGCUCUUAGGCUUCCAGCACAGAUCAAAGGGAAGAUUAUGUACAUACUGACUGACCGUAAGGGCUUUGACAUUCUACAGGAACACUUAAUAUAGUGAGACUGUCAUAGUUUGUAAAACACAAAGGUAGCAACUUAAAGAAAUCC